AGGAGGAUUCGGUGGGCAAGCUGGAUUCGGUGGUCAAGCAGGACUUGGAGGACAAGCUGGACUUGGUGGUCAUUUAGGAAAUGGUCAGGGAGGAGUGUACCCGGGUCAAGGGAGUUCCCGGUUACGGCGGAAUUGGUGGAUCUGGCCAUUUCCAUGGAGGUAAUCCUGUAGGACCUGGAAAUUACCAGGGAGGAAAUCCCGUUGGACCUGGCAGCUUCCAUGGAGGCAAUCCCGUUGGGCCUGGUAACUUUCACGGAGACCAUCAUGAAUAUCCGGAACAUCAUCGCGAACAUCACCACGAACAUCAUGAACACCACGGACACCGCGAGCACCACGAACAUCGCAGGCACUAGAUCGGAGCUUUGUAAAUUUCUUGUACUUUGAGUUUACAAUAAUAUGUAUACUAGAUGGAGAAAUA